UGAUAUUUGCUAAUUUGGGGUUGAUAAACCCAUUGCCAGAGUUUGGUUGUAGCUGCAACUGUUUAUUAAUGGCUCCUAAGGGAAGAAAGAGGACUGCAGCAGCUGACAAGCCCACUGAAAAGGGAGGCAAAGAUCCUGCAUCUGAAAUAAAUGCUGUCUUAAAACUUAAGAAGUCCAAAGUGGCAGGAGAAAGUGGACAAUUGCGUAUUGCCAUUGAGCACUGCAAAAGUUGACAAGUAUACCGUCGCAAUGCCGAGGCUGUGAGCCGGGCAUUACGUGAAGCAUUUCCUAGGGUGGAGGUAGAAGUAAAUCUCAACCAACCACGACGAAAUAGUUUUGAGGUGAUGCUGCUCAAGCCUGAUGGGUCAAAGGUUGAACUCUGGACUGGUAUUAAGAAAGGUCCUCCUCGUAAGCUGAAAUUUCCUGAACCAGAAACUGUAGUUGAAAAUUUGAAGGCAUCUAUCUAAAUUUCCUGAGUACACUUCACGAGUAGAGCAAAUGAGAACACCUGUUGUUUUAUUGGAACCAAGUGCGUAUGAUGGAGAACAACUAAUGGGGGCUACACCCAGUUGUGCUUCUGAUGUUUCUGCUGUGGAACCUACAGGCAACAGUAAUAGAAAAGAUUGGCGUCUACCUUGAAUUUAGUAUUGGGAGUGGGGUUGUGAAUUUGCCGCCCCCCC